AUGGCAGAUGCUUCGAGAACGGGGACGGAUGAGGAAAGAGUGUAUGGGGAAGAGGAGGAGACAGGUGUGGCGUCCGUCAUUGCCGAAGGUAAUUUAGCAAGCAACUCCUUCCCCCUCUGCCUCACCUUUCUUCCGCUCCUGCAUUACCUUCCUUCCCCUUCUGCAUUACCUCCCUUCACGAUCUGCCUCGCCUUCCUUCCCCUUCUUCCUUACCUCCCUUCCCCUUCUUCCGUACCUUCCUUCCCCUUCUGCCUUACCUUCCUUCCCCUUCUGCCUUUCCUUCCUCUGGCGAUGUGCCUCACCUUCCUUCCCCCUCUGCCUUACCUUAUUUCCCCUUCUGCCUUACCUUCCUUCCCCUUCUACCUUACCUUCCUCCCCCCUCUGCACACUACCGUCCUUGCCCUCUGCCAUCACUCCCUUUCCCCCACUGCCAGCACCUCCCAUCCCGUGCUGCCAGCAACUCCCAUGCAGCCUACACCUCGCCUGCCUUGCACCCCAUUUUUUGUUGCCUCUCACACAAUUUUCCGCAAAGCCACCUUUCAUCUUUGUUUGUCAUACUGUUUUCUCGCCUCCUUCCGAAAGGCAUGUAUUCUCUCCCACUUCCUACCUCCAACCCUACCCCCUUUCACCCUCCUUCAUUUCCAACCCCUCUCCACUCCUUUCCCCCUGCUGCCCUUGAUUUCCUCUCAUGCCUCCCCUCUGUUUCCCCCCUUCCAUCCUCUUCUCUUCAUUUCCCUCCUCAACCCACCCCAUUCCAACCCAUCCCUUUUGUCCACUUCCCUCACCUUCCCUUCUUUACUGUUUCCCUCUCUCCUCUCCCCUUCCCAUUGA